AUGGAAGAAUACGCAAGAGAACCAUGCCCAUGGCGUAUAAUAGAUGACUGUGGUGGUGCAUUUACCAUGGGUGCCAUUGGGGGAGCAGUAUUUCAAACUAUUAAAGGUUUUCGUAAUGCACCCAGUGGAAUAAACAAAAGAGUUUUAGGAAGUCUUACAGCUAUUAAGCAAAAGUCUCCUAUUAUUGCUGGAAACUUUGCACUAUGGGGUGGUAUGUUUUCCACUAUAGACUGCACAUUGGUUCAUCUUAGAAAAAAAGAAGAUCCAUGGAAUUCCAUUAUUAGUGGAGCAGCCACAGGUGGAAUAUUAGCAGCAAGAAAUGGUUUACCAGCCAUGGCUGGUAGUGCAAUUAUUGGAGGAGUAUUAUUGGCUUUAAUAGAAGGUGUAGGAAUAUUUAUUACUCGUCUCUCUGCAGAACAAUUCAAGCCACCAUCAUUUACUGAAGAUGCAAAUCCUUUAAGACAACAAGGUCAUCCAUCGUAAAGCAUAUAAAUAUUUAGACAUUUUAAAUUACACACCACUAAUUAAGUACAAAUGUUUCAUAUUCUCUGAAACGAUAGUAGUUGAAAGCUAUCAUUGCCAGUACAUAAAAUUUGUAUAGACAAUUCUUCAACUCCUUGAUUUAAGAAAUAAUAAUAGUUUGGUUUUUAUUUAACGCUGUAUUUGUACUUUUAUUUAAUUGUUAAUAAGGUAAAAUGUAUUAAGACAUAGAAAUUUAUUAAUAUGAAGUAUAUUUAUAAAAUUAAUUAAUAUAUUUUUCAGUUGUAAACAAAUUUAUCAAACUGACAAAAUUAUUAAUAACAAUAUGUAUAAAAUGUAUAGUUUUUAAUAUUUUUAAGUUACAAAAAUUAUUCGUUCUAAAUAUCAUCUUCAUCUUCAAUUUCUUCUUCAAAAUGUUUAAAGGCUGAUGCUACAGACAAAUCUAAUGAUUUGUUCGUAGAGUCUUGUUGAAUAUCAUUUUCAGGUUCAUAUGAGGAGGAAUUUUCUGUUGUGCCUUUUAAUGAUUUGUUCAUUAAGCCCAAUAAAUGAAGUUGUUCCACCUAAA